UAUGAUGGCUGUCAAAGAUACAGUUAUCUAUUGAAAUGUCAUUACAUGUUCAAAAUACUUUUAAUUUUGCUUAUUAAUGGAAAUUCACAUGAAAAACUUAAGGCUCUAAUUACUAAUUAUUAGGUAAAUGUAUCUACCUCUGCAUAAUGGAUCAGAAAGAAAAUACAUCAUUAAAAUACCGGUUAAAAAAUUAUCAUUAUUUACGGUAUCGUUACCCUUAUUGGCCUUCAUAAUUUGCGUUUUAAUUACUAUGUAUAAAGAUUUUGAAAGUGCGAAUAAUACGCAUUGCAAGGUGCCAAACGUUUUUCCUUCAAUAUCAGCUUCGAUAGGCAACUACGAACCUCAACGCACAAUUUGGAGACUCGCCAUAUACAGUCACGCUCCAAUAAGGUUUUUUAUAAUUUAUUUAAGAUGGGAGUAUUAUAGAAGUAUUAUUAGCCAGAGUUGUGCCUUUGUAGUAAAUUUAGCAGUUAGUUUAAAUAUUAUUGAGAAUUUAACAUUACUAGGACUAACACAUUGGACCUCAUCUCAAAAUUAUCCAUUACACGAGAUCUGUUUUAAAACAUUUAUUGCUGCAUCAAUGUUCUACAUGUUCUUUACAUGCAUGAUGCUUUCAAAAUACAAGCGAAGAUCGUCACAGACAAAACUUGAAGCUUAUUCUAUUAAAAUGAAAUGGAGAGCUUUCUUUUUUAAUGUGGGCUCCUUCACAUUUGCAGCUUAUUUUUUCUUGAGGCACAACAAACUGUGUGAACCAUAUGUUUACUCAAUGUUCGGACUGUCUGAAUAUAUUGUCGUUAUAAGCAAUAUAAUUUUCCACAUGACAACUGUAUAUGAUCUCAAGAGGCUUUUCAUCUAUUUCUCUAGAAGCGGUUUUGUAAUAGAAUGACUCAUGGUUGUUAAUAACAUUUUUUUAAUUCAAGACGAGAUUAAGGAGUAUGUGAUAAAUCAAAGACUUAACGUAACAUGACUUUAAUAAUAAAAAAUUACAUACAUAACAAUAAAUUGUGCUGUGAACCUAGUAAUGGAUACAGGUAGUUGAAAAAAAAAGCAAUAAAAAAAACAGCUUAUAUAUUCUUAGAGUAAAAUCAGACAUAUUUUAUAUACAAUAAAAUGUAUGAACAAAAAAUAUAAUAUGUAUAUAAAACAAUAAUAUAUGUAUAUAAAAAAUUAUAAUUAAAUAAUCUGGGUUAUGAAUAGAAUUUAACAACAGCUUAUUUACAGAUUAAAUCUUAAUGACAUAGAAAUGGAAAUUGUCACAAAACAUCUUAUAAAAAUAUUAACAAAUAUAAAUUAUCUGAAUGAAUUGACUUAAGUGUUGUCAGUUGAGAAAUUAUAACUAUAGUAAAUAUUGGUAACACACUCUACAAUAUUAUCACAAAUAGUGGGCUUGUAACUCAUUAUGCAGUUCAUGUGCAGCCUACUUGGCUUAUGGGAUUUUAUAACAUAUUAUUAGCAAUACUAAAAAAAAGUUACACAUACCAAAAAAAGGUAGAAUAAAAGAAGCAAAAUACUGUACAUUAUUGUAACAGCCUGAAACAAAAAUGUAUUUGUUGAAUGCAUUUGAGUAGUUAAAAAAAAAAAAAGAAUAAAUAAAUAUAGAACUAUAUAAGAAUACGCAAAACUUCCAAUAGUUGUAUAAGUUGUUGGCAAUAAUUUUUUUGAAUGCUUAUAAAUAAGGUCUUAUAGUUUAAAUUCUUGUUUCAUUUUGUCAGCUAUCAUUUUAGCAAUAGCCAAAGAUGAUGUAGCGCCAGGAGAGGGGGCGUUUCUGCAAUGUAAGACUCUACUUCCUAUCGCCCCCGAACCAGGUUUGGAGUCGAACACAAAGUCCUCUAUUAGAGUGCCUAAAAAUACAGAUUUUUUAUUUA